AUGGCGUACAGCUGCCGUUCACGCCUCCGUAUCAGGUCCAGCAGCCUCCGCGUCAUGAUGGAAUGGAGAUGUGGUUUCAAUGAAAUCAUCGUCGAGGAUGCACCUUGCCUGGAGCGCCUGCUCUUCCAUAGCAUUUCCGAUCGGAGGCCUGUUAGGAUUGUCAAUGCGCCUAGGCUGGAGGUGCUCGGCUUCUUGGACCGCCAGGUCCACGCUGGUAUGAAUGUGAGAGCUAGGGCCAUGCUGCCAAGUUUGAAGAUGCUGGCUGUCAAGGUGCGGUUUUCGCACGACAUGGAGGUCAAGAUGCUGGACACUCUGCUCAGAUGCUUUCCUCGCCUUGAGACGCUUCACGUCAUGUCCAUUCAACCCAGUUCACCUGAUAGUGUUGAUUGUGCUGAGUUCUGGAAGUCCCUUGGCUCUUGCGAUUGCCUUGAAUCUCAUCUGAAGACAUUCGUCUUCCAUAGAUACCAGGGUCUGGAUUGUGAGUACUUGUUUCUUUGUUAUAUCUUGAAGAAGGGGAAGGUGCUUAAGACGCUGGGCCUUGAUUGUGCUGACAGUGAUGAUGUGGUAGUGGAGGGAGGCCCUAUGUCAGGUUCUUCUGUUGAGGGCAAUGCACCAACAGGUGGAAGCAGUGGCAGUGAUGAUGUGGUAAUGGAGGGAGGCCCUAUGUCAGGUUCUGCUGGUGAGGGCAAUGUGUCUUCAGGUGGAAGUGGUGGCAGUAAUGAUGUGGUAAAGGAGGGAGGUCCGGUGUCGGGAUCCGUUGGUGAGGGCAAUGCGCCAUCAGGUGGAAGCAGGGGCGGUAAUAUUAUUUACGUUUGCGUUGCCUCCCCUUGCUGGACCUUUCAGAACGCCAUUGACUUGUCAGUGGAGGAUCCCUUCUGUGUGUUGAGGCAUGACAAGUGCUGGAUCGCUUCUCGAGUUAUGGCAUGA